UAUUUUCAAAUCUUCGUUGCGGCUUCAUCAAGUAAGACGUGUUUGUAACGAGACCGACUACAGUAAUCAUGAGGGAAAUAGUUCAUGUACAAACUGGACAAUGUGGAAAUCAGAUUGGAGCUAAAUUCUGGGAAGUUAUUUCUGAUGAACAUGGUAUCGAUCCCACCGGCACCUACCAUGGUGAUAGCGAUUUGCAAUUAGAGAGAAUUAAUGUCUACUACAAUGAAGCUACUGGCGGCAAAUAUGUACCACGCGCUGUUCUUGUCGACUUGGAACCCGGCACGAUGGAUUCCGUUCGUUCAGGUCCAUUCGGUCAGCUUUUCCGACCUGACAACUUUGUAUUCGGACAGAGUGGAGCUGGUAACAACUGGGCGAAAGGUCAUUACACUGAGGGUGCCGAAUUAGUCGAUUCAGUGUUGGAUGUAAUCCGUAAGGAAGCCGAAAGUUGCGAUUGUCUACAAGGUUUCCAACUCACUCACUCACUUGGCGGUGGUACUGGCUCGGGUAUGGGAACUCUAGCAAUCAGCAAAAUCCGAGAAGAAUAUCCAGAUAGAAUCAUGAACACAUUCUCCGUCGUCCCUUCACCUAAAGUAUCGGAUACUGUAGUCGAACCAUAUAACGCAACCCUAUCCAUCCAUCAGUUGGUAGAAAAUACAGAUGAAACUUACUGCAUCGACAACGAAGCAUUAUACGAUAUUUGCUUCCGUACACUCAAGCUAACCACUCCUACCUAUGGUGACUUAAAUCAUUUGGUCUCCGCCACAAUGUCUGGUGUUACAACAUGUCUUCGAUUUCCCGGGCAGCUGAAUGCUGAUUUACGUAAACUUGCUGUAAAUAUGGUUCCAUUCCCUCGCUUACAUUUCUUCAUGCCAGGCUUUGCCCCAUUAACAUCCCGCGGCAGUCAGCAAUAUAGAGCUUUAACUGUACCAGAACUCACACAACAAAUGUUCGAUGCUAAAAAUAUGAUGGCCGCCUGUGACCCAAGACACGGUCGUUACCUCACCGUCGCUACUAUUUUCCGAGGCCGCAUGUCGAUGAAGGAGGUUGAUGAACAGAUGCUCAACAUCCAAAGUAAAAACAGCAGCUACUUCGUUGAAUGGAUUCCUAACAACGUGAAGACAGCCGUCUGUGACAUUCCUCCACGUGGGCUUAAAAUGUCUGCCACUUUCGUAGGAAACAGCACAGCUAUCCAAGAGUUAUUUAAACGAAUCUCUGAACAGUUCACCGCUAUGUUCAGGAGGAAAGCUUUCUUGCAUUGGUACACUGGCGAGGGCAUGGAUGAGAUGGAAUUCACAGAAGCCGAAUCUAACAUGAACGACUUGAUCUCAGAGUACCAACAAUAUCAGGAUGCUACUGCUGAUGAAGGCGAUUUGGAUGAGGAGGAAGAAGAGGAGGAGCCUUGUUAAUAACUUUAAUCUCGAACUGUCUGUUUCUAAUUCUGUCUUUCCAGUCUGAAUGCUUCAGACCUCUUUGGGUGGGUGGGGUGAAUGAGAGACUUUUUAAAAUGUGAACGUCUGUUGUAAAAGGAAUAAAGAAUCGAUAAUAGUACAUUCUUUUUUGUGACUGUGAACUUUGCUUGUGUCAGUUGCGUCUUUUUUGUAUCUUGGCCUUACUUGUAAGACCAAACUGUCUCUAAUAUGUCAGCAUUUGGCUGGAAAUGUGUCCUAGUGUUGCUUCCUCGCAGCAGCAGCAAACCCGACACUCGAUUUUUAGAUUCUGUUCGAGUAAAAAGAAAAAAAAAUCUCGCUAAUAUUACAUUUUUUUAAAGAAUAUUAGUUUGUAUUGGUUUUAAAAUAAAAUGGUUGCUGUUUGUAACUUUCGUACACCUAU